AUGUCAGAGCUGCAGUACUUCCAACAAGUGUCUCAAGCUGUAAGGUUUCAAGAUGGCUCAUCACUGAGUAAUCUCCUUUCCAUAAGCAUUCCAAAUAACCUUCUUCAAGAAAGAUCAAACUUCGCAUUACCGCAACAAAACCGGAUUGUUGACCAAAAAUGGACCGAUUUGGUCUCAACAUAUCUAUCGCUUCUCAAAUCAAUUACCAAACAUGGAGACCUCAAAAAGGCGUUUGAAACAAGUCUUGAUCUAGUUUCCCAGCUCAACCGUAUCGCUGAUAAUGAAACAAACUGGAUUAUCGGUCUUCUGAUCCUCCUUUCUACUGAGCUGAAAUAUGUCGGAAAUUUGUAUAAUAGUAACAAAGGUGAUCAAUCCACUCCCGAGCAUUCAAGGGCACCUUUGGAGAAAAUUGCUGAUGUAUUCAAUAGGUCGUUCAAAAUUUGUUUAAGUGACAAGAACCCUGAUCUUGCAACUUCAAAGAAAAUAGCAGUCUACUAUUUUGCUGGAAUACUGUUCAAACUUUACUUCACCAUGAACAAGUUCGACCUGGCCAGCUCAUUACAGAAAGUCUUACUUUCAGCAUCAUCUACUUUACCGAGCCUUCGAAAAGUCCCCAAAUCUCACAGUACUGCAUACCUCUACCUCAAUGCUGUCCUCAACUGUUUUCACAAUAAGUUUGAGGAAGCUCAUAAAAAUCUGACAAGUGCUCUCAGCACAUGUUUAAAAACCAGCACAAAAAAUAUGCAAUGUAUAAUACUAUUAUUGGCUCCGUUGCAGCUUCUAGUCACAAGAAAACUACCCAGCCAGAAAUUGUACAGCCAGUUUUCAAAAGUGAAAAAUCGAUACCAAACAAUCUUCGAUUCGAUUAAAGUUGGAGAUUUGAAAACAUUUGACGCUGAGUUUGUCAGAUUGGAGGAGGUUCUUCUGAGAAACAAUCUGUAUGUAGUUUUUCUCAAACUUAGGCAGCUACCAGUUUUGACGCUACUGAAACAAGUUCACAACGUUCGAAACUCACAUCUCGUCAAGAUUGCAGACAUGACCACAGCUUUGAACUUCAGUUUAACCCACGAAGCAAAUCAAAAUGUACUUUCAUCUGGGGAAGCAGAACAGCACAUUUCAAUUCUAAUAGCAAUUGGCUACGUCAAAGGUUACAUAUCGCAUGGAAACCAAGUUGCAGUGCUGAGCAAAACUAAACCAUUUCCAAUAUCUUAA